AUGAGUUCCUCACCUGUGGCAUACUUUCCUUCCUCUCCGCCGCAGUAUACGGAGACAACAUCACCCCCGAUCUCCGAUGUCAGAGUCGAAAUCUAUGCUAGAUUGGUCGAAAUCAAAAUGAUAUUUUAUCAAAUGAACUACUCAUCUUUCCUACGGGAUAAGAGUCAUAAACAUUGCAAGAGGUCCCCUCUUCAAAGAGCAAGAUUGAAUGGAAUACUUGCAAAAAUCCAUGAGGACCUUCCGCUCGUGAUGAAAGAUUUCCGUAGGAGAGCAAGGUUUAUCAUGGAAGUCGGCAUCUACAUGACCGAAGACACUGUAUAUGAGGUCGAUCGAGCGAUGAUCGAGAAGAUGAGCAUCGUAUUCGAUGCUAUAUUUGUGGAUGUCACCAUUCCCGAUGCUAAGGAAAUGGUUGCUAUUGUUGCUGGAGGGCCCGAGUAUCGAGAAGAUAGAGCACUGGCAAUUGCAGACAACGUUAAAGUUAUGAAGGAGCAAAUUAAAGAAGUGUCCAAGGGCAAACACAAGCCCAAGGGUAAAUCUGGUAUAUCACCUAAACAUUCUAAGGAGAGACUGUCCAUCACACGUAGCCACGGACCCAAAGUGGUAGGAAGACACGUCAGCAGCUUUUCACCUCGACAGGUAGAUAUGUCGAGAUUGCAAACAGGAGACGCCGAACCAAACCAUUCGGAGAAGCAAAGUCAGGCGGCCGCUGAAUGUUCGUCUUCACAUGCACGUAGCAACAAACGUCAGAGCGGAUCAGCAAGUGACUUCCAACACCAGAUUGCUGAUUAUGAGGCGACAAAGUUUCAUAGCAAAGUCGAAGAGUUGCCGAGCAGCGACAGGACAAUUGAUGAUGAUUGGGAGGAGAACGAUCGUCUUAUGCGUUUACAGGUGCCCAAAACAAGUACUGAAAAGAAAGAUAAGGCUGUUGAGAAGGUUCCUACUCUCAGCACACAAGGACCUGGCUGUCAGAGUCUUGUCACUACCGAUACCUCAUCUCUUCCUGUAGAGUACUAUCACGAAGACGGGAGCGAAGAGCGGAUCGAGAACCCACAAAAGGCCGAAUUACCAGUUAACGAAGAAUAUGGGUCAAUUGAAUGGCCUUCCUCACCACCUUUAAUAUUUAGUCCCAUCCAGACCACACAGAAGCUCAGUAAUUUUACAGGAAGUACAGCGAUUGAUCCAAAAUCUUUCGCGGUUGAAUCUUCUCCAGCUACAUCGAAAACCUCUACUAUUGAGAAAAGAGAGGCCCGGAAUCCAGUUUUUACCAACAGCACGCUUGCAAAGAGGCAAAAAGGUCGGCCCUCAACAUCUAUUGAUGGUGAGAAUGUUGUAGGUCCUGAUAAAGGAAAUGUGCAUAUUGGAAUAAUCGCCUCCGAUCACAAUUCGGAGCAUCAUAGCAAGAAGAAUUCAUGCUUUGACACCGAAGCGAAUACUCUCAAAGAACGGCCUUCCUUGUCGUUGACAAACCCAACGAUGUUUACCGAACCCAGAAUUGAAGAAAGCCCCAUUUUACCACACCUUAUCCCACCCUUGGACAGUAAGAAGGAAGUCAUGAAAGGACUAGAAAUUGAGUUGCCCGCGGUGAUCGAUGAAGAACCCAAGUUGAAUGCCUGGUUAUCUGCCUCCUCCGAUGUACGGGGGGCCUCAAAAGUGACUAUUCUGGAAACAUUGGCGCAACUGGCUGUUGACAAACGAAAGAUCACAUCCGCCAUCCAUGGUCAGCAUGGAAAUAAACAAGCAACUUCCUCCGAUAUUACAGCGAAUACUCCCAAGCCAUCAACAGCACCUUUCACCUCAAUGGCAGCUACGAAUAUCCUUGACAUGUUGGGGAAAAAGGAUUUGUUUGGAACCAAAAAUAUUAUGUUGGGAAAGGAUGCCACAACUCACUCUCACAUUGUUGAAAAUUAUGGAGCCGAAGGUGUUCGUCAGACACAAGCAGGUCCCUCCUCCAGCAUGUUAGGCAAAGGACCCAGGAAACGAACUCGAGAGAUGAGUGAAGGAGACGGCCCUACCCAAAACCAUUCUCACGACCCACCUAUGACUUCUCCACACAGUUCGGGUAAGUGUUUGGUUGCCACUAACGGAUCUCCAGUCACUGGUGAAAGGCGUUUCAAGAGGGCGCGCUACAACGCAUGCACACUGAAGAAAAGGGCCAAUACUAUCGAUUAUUACAGUCUGGGCCGUCCAUUUAAAAGGAGUAGGUUUGGCCGCCGUGGUACACCUGCUCGCCCAGCCUGCCGCGACGGCAAAGAAAAUCCCUUCUUGACAACUGGUACCCCUGACAUCGUUGAGCGCCGCCGUCUCUUCUUUUCGAAACGUUCAUCGGAAGAUAGCCAUGAUUCCGGUACCCCUGAAAUAACCGAAAGGUUUCCGGUGCAGUAUGCAGAGCCUGGGCGCAUCUAUGAUAAUAGUCCCGAGAUAAUGCGCUCCAGCUUGCCGAAACAGACACCCCCGGUUUUGAUUGCCAAAGACGCGAUUUCUUUUGUUAGCAAUUCAGCGAGAGAUCGUGCAAUGGCUGCCUGGACUAUGUCCGACGAAGGUGAAAGAUCACAAAAGUCUGGAGCUCCUAGUUCUCAACGCAAGACGGUUUUCCCACGCAUUCCAGUGAAACGCAAAUCCAUGAAUUAG